AUGACAAGCACAGCUGCAAUAGUUAUUGCACUAUCUUUGAUAAUAAAUGAAAUUAAUUUAAUUAUUCCAUUAUCUUUAAUAAUUCUUGAAAGCGCAUUGUUUUACGUUUGGACGCCGCUUAAAGACUACUUACUCUUUCACUCUGAUGAUCUCCUGGUACAUUUGUACGAGCAUAUGAAACUGGAAUGGGUUAUAUGUCCCCUGUGUUGCGGGAAAAACGACUGCUCGCACGCCUUUGCGACCCUGGUACUUAAAGUGAUGAGUUUCACACUUUUGUUGACAAUUUGUUUUGUUGCAAAAAAGUGA